AUGGCGGCCGCGGCCCCCGCGGCCCCCGCGGCUCCCGGCGAGGCGAAGCGGGCUGAUGGCGACGAGUGGUGCGACAGCGGGCUGGGCUCGCUGGGCGAGGGGCCGCUGGGGCCGCCGCUGCCGGCCAGUCCCGGAGCGGAGUCCCCCGAGACCCUCACCGACCCCGCGGCCUGGCUGCGGCACGUCCUGAGCUUCGUCACCGAGGACGGGGACACGGCGCUGCACCUGGCCGUGAUCCACGAGCACGAGGAGUUCCUGGAGUCCAUCCUGCGGCACACGCGGCACUCGCCCUACCUGGACCUGCAGAACCACCUGGGACAGAGCGCUCUGCACAUCGCCGUGGUGCUGGGGCUGGCCGGGGCCGUGCGGCGGCUGCGGGCGGCGGGCGCGGGGCUGGCGGUGCGGGAGCGGGGCGGGCACACCCCGCUGCACCUCGCCUGCCGAGAGGGGCACCCCGCCUGUGCCCGCGCCCUGCUCGGGGAGCCCCCCGAGCCCCGGGAGACCCCCGAGCCCCGGGAGGAGCCCCCCGAGCCCCGGGAGGAGACCCCCGAGCCCCGGGAGGAGACCCCCGAGCCCCGGGAGGAGCCCCGGGAGCCGCCCCGGGACCCCCGCAAGGAGGAGGAGGAGCGGCGGGCGCAGCUGGAGAGCGUCAACUACGAUGGUUACACCCCCCUGCACGUGGCCGUCCUGCGCCGGGACCUGGAGCUGGUGCAGCUCCUGCUCCGCGCCGGCGCUGACCCCGACCGGCCGGAGCCCAGCUGUGGCCGCAGCCCCCUGCACUUGGCCGUGGAGGCUCAGAGCCCCGAGGUGGCCGAGUGCCUCCUGCGGGGGGGGGCGCGGCCGGAGCCCCGCACGUUCUCGGGGUUCACCCCCCUGUACAGCGCCCGGCGCCGCCCCGACCCCCGCCUGCCGCCCCUCCUGCGCCGCUUCGGGGCCCGAGACCCCCCCAGCAGCGACAGCAGCGACAGCAGCGACAGCCAGAGUGGAACCGAGGACAGCGAGGACGAGUACGACGACAUCGUCAUCAACAGCGGGCACUGCCCGGCCUGAGGGAGCCCUUGGGACCCCCCUGGAUGGACUUGGAGGACCCUGCCACCCCCAGCCGGGGGGACCCCCUGAGGAGGCGCCCCCACCCCCCAAAAUCCCAGGAGAGCCCCGAGGGCUGUGGGGGGCAGCGGGAAAUAAAGCGGAGGCUGCGCUCGGA